CAAUAUACAAAUUCAUACAAAGGCAGGCAAAGAAAGCCCUUCAAUUAAUAACUGGGGAAGUGUUCAAAGAACACUAAGUUGAAGCGAGGCAGGCCAAGUUCCAGUGGGGACGUCGAGCCAUAAAGAAGAAGAAGAUAUUUUUGUUCGAUUUUCCAACUCUUUGAUUCACUGAUUUCCAUACGAGAACAAACUCACAUCCAAAUGAUAGGUAUCAUGACAGGAAAUCUGGGUCGAACCCAUUAGAUAGCAACACCACAAUUUCCACUCCGAAUUGCGCAAAACGCCACUCAAUUAGAUUGCAGAAGCAGCAACAACACAUGCCAGCCAUCCAGCCAGCCAGUCAGUGUCCAUUCCGUUUUUAGAUCCCUGCUGUAAUGCAAUCACGCAAACGGGUGGAAUUAAUAACCGCAAAACCGGGUGAAGAUUCAAUAAAAGCCCAUUUGGCCCCUGUCCGGUGGUUUCAGUUCCCAAUAAAUCAUCGCCCGGAAAGGAUCAAACGGCCCUCGCAAUGGGAGCUGCACAUCCGAUUGGAGUAGUGCUAGUUGCGGUACUCAUUUGGCCGAAUUUGAGCCUUGGAACGUUCAUGCCUGUCAGACCGCCGUCGUCAGUAACUUCCAACAACGGUGGAUAUUUCGGAAACGGUGGUGUAGGUGUUGGCGUAGGUCCGAUAGCCACAGAUGAGUUCCAUUCCGGUGGUGCGCCCAUUGGAGGGCCAGUGGGAAGUGGUGCUGGCAGUAUCGUGUUUCCCGGACCGAACGACAGACGGGCAGCGUUUUACGGACUGCUGAAGUUACCAUAUAUCAUAUGCUACUACGCGGCACACGGAAGAUGGCCAAACUUCCCUUCACACCUACAGGUGGCAGUUCUUGACCUGGGAAGACACGUGUUUGCCAUGGACGAUUAUGGACUGAGAAAUUACUGUAGUAAAUUCUUCCGUUUCACCAUCGGGCAUCGACCUUGCUGCUCUACUUCAGUUUAUCCCAUAGCAAUUCUACCCGGUGGAGUUGGCCCCGGUCACAUUGGAUACGAUCAAGUUCCCGGCAAGAUACCGGCCAAACGUACCACCAAGAAGCCCAUCCCUGCUCCAGAUGCUGAAUUCAUUCCCGAAGUCGAACCGGAAGGAGGUGCAGGUGAAGAUACUGAGACCGAAGAACCCGUGCCUGCUGAAGAAGAACCCGCUCCCGAAGGGGGAGGUGAAGACUACGACACGGGGCGAUUGGUUGAUCGCCAGCGUCAGAAGGAGCGACGGGGUUCGGAAUGUCGAGAAGAUGAGGUCGAUUGUGGGAACAAAACGGUACCUUUCGUACCGUUACGCAAUGGAAAGGAUGCGAAGAAGUUGGAUAAAAACAAGACUGGAGCGAGGAAACCAACGAGUGACGGAAGGUUAGGAAGUACCGGCAUUCCUAAAUAGGAAAAUGGCGUUUUUUUGCGUGUGAAAAUUGUAAACUAGAUCUGUACUAAAAAUAUUUGUGUAGUGCGAACUGCGAACCAUUGUCUUAACUUUAAUCUUCGUUGGGUUGAUAUUUAAGCCUACUUAAUAAAUUAACAAAUAUCCUAACAUUAAAUAAUCAA